AACAACCAUUUCCUCCCGAUCAGCUGGUCGGGAAGUGGUCAGAACCUGCUGAAAUCCACCUCUGGGGCCUUUUGUUUGCAAAGCCCCGGGGGAAAAAGUACCAUAAACCCCUAUUGCUUUUCUUGCUCGGCCGAGGUAGAGGCGGAGUUUGCUGCUCUUCCUGGCACCAGUUGGCGGCGCUUUGAGUCUCUGGGAGCCAACCGGUGUCUUCGGUCGCAGGUGCGGAGGGGCGCGUGGUCGGAGGGCGAUGCCCCUGUCCCGGGCGCCCCUCUUGCUCCUGUGGGCUGGGCUGGGGUCCUUCGUGCCGGGGAGCCGCUGCGGUGAGUUUCUGGAAGGGGUUGCGACCGGGUGGGAGGCAGCUAAAAGCGGGGGUCCUGCCUGGGUCUCUCCCCCACAUUUCACCCUCCGUGGCAAGUUCCCUUCCCCGCAGGAAACGUCCCCCUUCCCUCGUCCUUCGCUCAGCCUCGUUCAAGAACUUUUGGUAUUCUAAUUGUAAUUCCUCUUUGUAUCUGAAGAAGGAAGUAAACAAAGAACGGCCAAGGUUCAGAUUCAGAGAUGGUUAAAUUCCCUUCCUCGUUUUUUGUUUUAAUUUCCUGUUACCAAUUUAGGAACGGGGGACACACACAAGCACAAUAACAAGGAAGGUUUGGAUAAUUCGUGGCUCCUUUGGGACAAUAACAUUUGGUUUUUGAUUUGUCAAUUCCAAGUUAAUGUCUUUACUUGGAGGAAAUGAUAUUUGAAAUGAUGGGGAAAGCAAUAAUAUUGAGGCCAGAAACUAUAUUACUGUUGAUAAUUAAGGAAAGAGAACCAACAAAAUGCGAGAAAGAAUUGAUUAGAAUUACGAUUAUAACGGGUAGAAUUAUAAUAGCCGGAUAUUGGAAAUUAGAUGUGAAUUUUAGAAUAGAAGAAUGGUAUUUGCGAAAUGUGGAAAUUAGCUUUAAACGAUAAAAUGACAUGCGAUAUUAAAAUUAGAAAUGGUGACUAUAAAGAAGAUAUUUUCUGGAAAAUUUGGAAACCAUUCGUGGACUAUGCGCUGGGAAAAUUGGAUGCUUCGGGACCUGUACCCCGAGAACGUGGAUUUUGGCGAUCAUGAGGAUAUAUCCAAAGAACCAAAUCUUCCUUUCUUAUGUAUAGCACAGGGUGAAGUAUUGUAUAUGUUGUUUGUAAUGUUAUUUUAAUAAUAAAAAAUAAAAUAAAAAAUAAAAAAAAGUAAAUUUCUAAGCAAGGAGUGAAAGUUACGAGAGAGUGUUUACAAAUAAGGUCGACUCCUCCUCCUCCUCCUCCUCCUCCCUAUCCCCACCUCCAGGCUGAGCCUCUUGAAGAGAAACACUCAGGAUGACGUGUCUCUCUGGGUGUGGUGCAGACAGAAGUCCUGGUGACAGAAGUCUCCAUACUCUGCUGUGAAGCUCCUAGCAGCUUUUGUCCUGCUGGUCCUCCGGGCAGUGGGCAUGUAGGGUCAGAUGGCAGUCAGGUCCACAAGCAGCUGUAUCAACCCAGGGGUCCCCCUUCACCAGAUGUGCCCAGCUGUUUCCAAGAUCAGCCAAGAGUUGCUUGAGAACUUCUUUCAGGGUUAAUCUCAUGGCUGGAAACCUCCGAAGUUGGUCUUCUCUUUGAGAGUUGCUUUUCGUGAUAGCAUCAAGGGAGGAGCUGGAGCUGCAGACACCCCCCCCUCAAUCCUGUCCUUCACUCUCUUCCUCUUCCAGGCUCCCCCCAGGCACUCCCUGUGCUAUUCCUACCUGAAGGUGUCAGAAUCCAGCCGGGGGCUGCCCCAGUUCCUCUCUGUGAUCCACCUGGACGAUCAACCGAUCGCUCGAUAUGACAACCACACCAGCGGGAUGGAGCUUCUGGUGCCCUGGUUGGAAGCAGAGGAGACGAAGAACCUGGUGGUCCUUGAAAGGGUGUUCAGGGCUGACCUGGAGUGGCUAUCCAAUCUCAGCCACCAGACUGCAGGGCUUCACACCUGGCAGGCGAUUUUGGGCUGUGAGCUCAGGGAAGACGGGAGCAAAGGAGGGUUUUUGCACUAUGGCUACAAUGGGAUGGACUUCAUCAGCUUCGACAAGGAGACCCUGAGAUGGGUGGCAGCUCAGCCCCAGGCCCAGAAGGUCAAGGAGAUGUGGGAGGAUGAUACAAGGAAGUCCCAGAGGAAUAAAGUCUACCUGGAGGAGAUGUGCAUUAAGAUGAUGCAGAAAUACCUGUCCUACCAGAAGAAGUCUCUGAAGAAGACAGAGCCUCCAGUGGGGAAGGUGAAUUACAAGAUAGUGGAUGACAGCCUGGAGGUCCUCAUCUGCCAGGCCUUUGGCUUCUACCCCAAGGAGAUCCAGACCAUCUGGACCAGGGAUGGAGAGGCCUGCAAAUAUGGGACCCUCCAUAGGAACGUGGUCCCCAACUCAGACGGGACCUAUUAUGUCCAGCUCAGCAUUGAGAUCGACCCCAAGGAGAGGAACCAUUUUCGGUGUCACCUGGAGCACGAGGGCUUGCAGGAGCCCCUGGUGUUGUCUUUCAAAGAGGAAACAGAAUUAUCUGAUGGGACAAGUUGCCUCCGGUCCUUCAGUGCCCCUUUCAGCAGGGGAGGCUGGGCUUUUGUCAGCUACUUCAGAGCUAUUCCUUUUUUGCAAAACUAUAAUAUUCGAACGAUUGCAAUCCGCACCUGCUUCCUUCUCCCUCCAUUUAUCUUCAGGAGGCGUAGGGCGGAUUGUUUUGGGAAUUGUGGCCGCUGUGGGAAUUGUGCCUAUCAUGAUGUUGAGUCUUUUGUUUCUCUUCCUGGCAUGCCAGUGGAAGAAACGCAGGAGCAAUCUGUACCAGGGAGUGGCAACCUGCGGAUCUUCCACAGAUCAAUCUUUCUCCCUCGAUAGACUGUACAGAAGAUGAGAUGCAAUCACAGAGGUUGCCCCAACCUAAAACAACAUCAGAGCACAAGGCAUCCUAUGGACCACAGAGGACAUGGAGUGAUCCAGAAAUCACUGUGUCAUCCCUCCUCCCUCAAAAAAUGCCAGAGAAUUCCUGGAGCCCUGGCACUCAGAGGAAUUGGCCAUCAACAGGCACACAGAGAUAAACAAUAUCUACAUGCCAUUCAAAAAAGACAAUUAAAAAGACCAAAAGGAAACAAAAGACUUGCUAUCCAGCAAUCAACACCUGCAGAAAUGAACACCAAGAUUAACAUUAGACCAACAGUCAAGUAAACAAUAUCACAAUCAAGCAAUUACCAAUGCAGACAAAAAAAGCUAACAGCGCACACAGCUUAAUCAAGGAAUCUCCCAAGAACAUUCCCACCAACACUGACAGAGGAAACCAUAUAAAAAAUAAGAGCAAAUCCGACUCCCUUCUGGCACUGAUGGUGUUACCUAGUUUGGUAAUGAAAUGUCUGCAAGAAAACUGCUGCCUAAGAGCACUCAGGACCCCACUUAACACCCCACCGUGUUAAGCACCUGGCAACCGCUCCUUGGGAGGAGAGGAGCAUAUCCCAUACCAUGUGAUUUUCCUUGACUGUGACCCCAACCUGUUCUGUUUCUCCCUGCAGGAGUCUUGUGUGUCUGGUUGGGGAGAUCCCAGCUAGACCCAGUUGAGCAGAGACAUUAAUGAUGUCACCCCUAACCCUGGAAAAAGUCUACAAAGGAAUGGAGCCAAGUCCCUCGUUCUACAAGGGCCCUGGAAGUUCAUUUAGAGAGAUGCAGGGAUGGAGAUGGGGGCCUCCUGUUCUUGUGAAUGGCUACUGCAGAGGUGAUUUUUCCCCCUAAACAGGCAGCUGUUGUAGACUGCAAACCCCUUUAAAGGUUAAGAUCCUGUUUUCAGAGGAAACCAAAGAACGGGUGAAGCAGCGACGUGGACAGCUCUCGUGGAUUUAGAAGAGGCCUCCUUCAAGGCCUCCUUUCCAUAGCAAUAGCACUUGGACUUAUAUACCGCUUCAUAUAGUGCUUUUAUAGCCCUCUCUAAGCGGUUUACAGAGUCAGCCUAUUGUCCCCCAACAAUCUGGGUCCUCAAUUUACCGACCUCGGAAGGAUGGAAGGCUGAGUCAACCUUGAGCGGGUGAGAUUUGAACUGCCGAACUGCAGCUAGCAGUCAGCAGUUCUAACCACUGCGCCAUCUCGGCUCAUACAUGGAACCAUCUCUGGGACCCCAUUUUGAUACCCAAGAUCUGGCCAUCUGGAGAACAUUUAAACUAAACAUGACUGGUGGAUUCAUUUUGAUGGACCCACCAUUAGUAUCAGUGUUAAGAUUUGAGCUGAUUGCCUGGCGAGGUAGGACAAGGGCACUUUAGGUCAAAUAAUAGCCUGGUUUUUAAUCUUUUCAAGGCAAUUUGCCUUGCCCACAAUUUGGGCGAGGAGUGAAAAGAGGUGUGUGUGUUAUGUGGGACCUUAUGUUUUAUUGUGGGGUAAGCAAUCCAAUAGCCAGACAUUGUAAAAUCCUUUACAUCAGACAUGUCAAACUCAAGGCCUGUGGGCCAGAUGCAGUCCGCAGCCAACGAGUGCUUCCCUUUUAGCUAGACGACCCGCGUCCUAUCUCCUGCCACCACGUGAGAGAGCCAAGGCUACUGGCAGUGCCUCCCCUUCUCCGUCUCUCAUCCUCCCCUUCCCGCUCCUCCCGGCCUCGCCUGGUGAUCUCCUGUCUUGGAUCAUAGCCUUGCCAUCCUCUCACCCUCAGUUCAUCCCUUCCUGGCCAAGGAAGAAAGGAAAGAAGGAAGGAAGGAAGGAAGGAAGGAAGGAAGGAAGGAAGGAAGGAAGGAAGGAAGGAAAGAAAGAGAUGGGAAUGAGAGGUAGGGAGUGUCUAAGGGAAGGCCUGUCUUAGCAGUAGGCCACCAGCAGCCCUGUUGCCCUCUCACCAUCCCCUUGCCCUCUCCUGGUGGUCUCCCAUCCUAUCACUGAGGAUGCUUUGCUUACAAAGCUGGGUCUUUGCUUACAAAGCUGACGCAUGUCCCUUGGCUCUGUGCCCAGCUCCUAAGGCCAGGGAUGGGCAGGAGGCCAGCAUUGGGUCAGGACUGGUGUGGGGACCUCCAGGCUGCCCCUUCCUUGGCCGUCAUGGUGAAGCGGGGAUGGACGGAGGGGCACGCAGAGAUGGAGGUGGUCGGCUGGAUCAAUUCUAAGUGGAUUUGAGGACUACCUUUAUAUGUAUUGAUAGACCAUUUUUAUUCAUGUACUGAUGUAUUGCUAUUAUUUAACACAAUGGGACCAUUGUGCCUUGCAUCUAUUUUUUUUUUAUUAAAAAGUUUUCCCAUUGAUCGAUAGAUAAAACACUUGUACAUUUAAGAUAUUUAUCAAGAGAAUUGGGUAAAAUUGUAAAUUAAAUAUAGAUUAAUAAUGUAUGACUAUUUUUACACUGGUAAUGAAAGGGAGUGAACCUAUUAGAUUUGUAGGUACAGAUAAUCAGCAUUCAACUAGGGGGGGAGGUCAUAGAGUUAUAUGUUUAUUAUUAAUAUUAUAUUUGUUGUAUAUUCCUUUUUUUUCCUGUGUCUUUUUGGUAAUUGGUGUUUUGUUGUUCUGCUUUAUAGUUUAUUUUUAGAAAAAUAGAAGAAAAAAAUAAAUAAAAAAAAGAACAGUAA